GCAAGGGUCCCAUGGGCCACACCUCGACUUACUCCUUUGCUUUUUCACUCGCCUUGGAGGAGCGCAAGCUUGAUCAGAUAGAGAAAAAAUGGCCUUCGCUGGAAUCCUGGCUGAUGCUGAUGUGAACGCAGCUCUUGCUGCCUGUGAGGCUGCUGACUCCUUCGAGUACAAGAGCUUCUUUGCCAAGGUUGGCCUGGCCUCCAAGUCUGCCGAUGAGGUUAAGAAGGCAUUCGCCGUCAUUGACCAGGAUAACAGCGGCUUCAUUGAGGAGGAUGAGCUGAAGCUUUUCCUGCAGAACUUCAAGAGCGGUGCCAGGGCACUGACUGACAAAGAGACCAAGGCUUUCCUUGCUGCUGGUGACAGUGAUGGUGAUGGCAAGAUUGGAGUUGAUGAGUUCGCUGCUCUUGUAAAGGCAUAAAUUUCCUUCUGACCAAGACCCAUCUCAGUUCAUGGAACCAGAACUCAAGCUUCUGCUCACAACUCUCACGCAGCUGACCUAAGAUCAUAUUUUUUAUAUUGUAUUUAUGAACUGACUUUGGACAAUCUACUUGACAUUGAACACAGUGUCCUUAUAGUGUAUUAUUAAUGUUAUUUGGACGUGUUUUAUUUCAAACCUGUUGGCUUGUGCAAAUGUCUCUUAUGCACUUCCGGGGAAGAGUGAAAAACAAGGAAUAAAUGUAGUUUUGGUGUAAAAUGUC